AUGCAUAAUAUUAGUUUAAUUACCAAUGCGUUCGUUAAUUGUUCUAUUCUCCUAUGUUCCGUACCACAAUCGUACAGCCAAAAUUUGGGACCAGCUGUAAAAAUGACCAAUGGACAAGUGUGGCCGAAACCUGUGCUGCAACACAUCGACGAUGAAUACUUGAAAUUUGAGCCACAAAAUUUUCAUUUCAAUAUUACGGGUUAUAGUUGUGACGACCUUCAAGAUACAUUUAAACGGUAUAAUUCUAUGCUGUUUUUAAAAGCUACGAAAACAUUUCAACAAAACACUAGUCUAUCUGCGGACUCAAUCAUUGGCAAGAUGGAAGUGCUCAAUGUGCAGUUGACAAAUCCCUGUGAAAAUUAUCCUUCGUUAAAUAUGGAAGAAAAAUACGAAAUCAAAAUAAUCAAUUCCAGUGGGCUUUUAGUUGCAACGUCUAUUUGGGGUAUUCUCCGAGGUCUAGAAACAUUUUCUCAGUUGGUUUAUUUGGAAACGGACGGUUCGACGUUCGUGAUUCGGCGAACGACAAUAGUGGACUAUCCGAAAUUCAGACAUCGUGGAUUCCUAUUAGACACGUCCCGGCGUCCCGCCAUUAUUUCCCCAUCGAAUCGAUCACGAAAACUCUAG